AUGGUAUCUGAGUUGCAACAAGCCAACCAGUGCAUGGUGGAAGAGAAUCAAAGAAUGGCAAAUCAAAUUGUCGAGCUAACUAAUGCUCGGAUAAAAAACAAUCAUCCUCGUCAAGAACAAACAAAAGAACACCAAUGUAGCCUAACACACGUAUCCGAAACUGCUCGGAAUGAAGAAGGUCGACCUCAACAAAAUGAAGAAGCUCGACCAGAAAAUGAAAAUGCUGAGCCUGAAAAUUCUACUGGACCAUUCACAGCCAAAGUGAUGAAUUUCGAGCUUCUCAGAAGGUUCACCUUACUGACUACAUUAAUCCCCUACGAUGGGUUAGGAGAUCCGAAGAAAUAUAUCAAGAAGUUCAAAUCCAUAAUGAUAGUAAACGAUUCUAUUUCUCAUUUUCAGGAACUUGCGAAGCUUUUCGAGGAGAAUUUUGCUGGCUUAGCCAUCUACCUGCAUGAUUCUGAUUACCUGAACACAGUCAAACAAGGUUAUCAAAUAUUGAGUUUCAUGGAUGCAUAUUCUGGCUAUAACCAGAUUCUAAUGCAUCCAUCUGAUCAAAGUAAGACUGCAUUUAUUACUGAAUAUGAAAAUUACUGCUAUAAAGUUAUGCCAUUUGGACUUAAGAAUGCAGGAGCAACAUAUCAAUGCCUUAUGGACAAGGUAUUUGCAGCACAGAUUGGCAGAAGCCUAGAAGUUUAUGUCGAUGACAUGGUCGCCAAAACAAAGCUCGGCGACAAUCAUCUUGACGACCUUGCAGAAAUAUUCAAUCAAAUACGCAAAUACAAUAUGCGACUCAAUCUUGAGAAGUGUGCCUUUGGUGUACAAGAAGGAAAAUUUCUCGGUUUUAUGCUCACCAACCGCGGUAUCGAAGCCAAUCCAGAAAAAUGUCGAGCUAUACUAGACAUGGCGAGCCUGCAAACAAUUAAAGAAGUCCAGUAG